AACGCACAUUAUUGUUGUUAUCCUCGGCCAAUUACUCGACAAAUGCAUAAAACCGAUGAUAUUAUGAUAAUAUACGAUUUAGUGCUAAGCGUUUUUUAUUUUAUACUGAUGCAUAUAUAUAUUUUUUUUUUCUAUAUGUACAUAUUUAUCUCAUACUACGACUAAGAGAUAUGCGAGAGAGGCGCUAAGGAUAAAAGGCAACGAACGGCGUGCUAAACGGAACACGUAAAUAUAUGUAUAUAUGCGGUGUGUAUAUGCGUGUGUGCUUUUUUUUAUUAUUAUUGUCCAAUUAAACAAACGUUGCCAAUUAAAAACCGCCGCCGUUACCUCUGUUUUUGAACUCGUGUAUCGAAGCUAAAAUCUACCGUCGUCGUUAGGUUAGGUAAAUUUCGUACUAAUUUUUGGUGUUUUUCUUCUUGCGCCGUGAUUUUCAGUGAAAAGCUUUAACAGAAUAACACAUUCGUCGUCCAAAGACACCAAACAACAUUGUUUUCAACGUGCAAUACCAUAAUUGCUGACGAGUGAUUUCAGUUCAAACGGUAAGUAUAUACCUCUUCAUCAUUCAUCCCGUUUAUAUGCAUUAAUGAUCCCUGACCGAUUAUAAAUCUAAUUUGUUUAUAUUAUGUUAAUCAUAUGCAUUAGGCAGUAAGUUUAUGCAGCAUACAUAAGCCCCCAAGUCUAUUAUCAGUCCAAUAUUAAAUUAGUUAAUUAGAUUAUAUUUUGAAUUUGUAUAGAUUAAUUUUAAAUGUUUUGUACCUACUGGUAUUUAACGAUUAGACGUCACACUAUUUAUUCAUUUAAUAAAUUAUAAUAGUACGUAAAAUGUAAUUUCUAUGUUUAUGACAUUUUAAGUUUGGAAAAUAUCUUAUACCAUUCACACUAUUAUUCCUACUUGUUGUUCACAUAAUUAUUUAUGUUGAUAUUUAACUUAUUAUGGAAUAUCCGAAUAUCUAAAAUGAAAUAUUAGUAUAAUUUUAAUAUUGUAUAAAUGUAUUUGUCAAAUAAGAUUGAUAAACAUUUAAUUUUGAAAAAAUUCCAAAUUUAAGUUAAAUUUGUCCAUUAUUUAAAAGAUUUCAUUAAAGUCGAAAUUUUUGGACUAGAUACCUACUUAAAUAAUCAAUCUAAAAAUAUAAUAUUAUGUAGGUACAUAUUAUUUGUUUAAAAUUAAGUUUUUAGUACAACAAAAACUGCAGUAAUGUAACUUAUCAUAGGUGCCUUUAAUUUCAAUUAUGUAAAAAACACCACAUCUAAUUAUAACAAUCAUUGAUUUAUUCUGUACCUAAAUACACAAAUGCAGUUCUAAAAUAAGCAUUUGACCUAAAAAGAACAAUGCUUACAUAUUUAUAUAAAUUAUAUUUUCAUUUAAAAAAUUACACUUGUUCUUUAGGCAUUAAGCAUUUAAACAUUUUGUUUCGAUAAUUAAAUUUGCCAAAUAUUGAUUGUAAUUUAUACCUAUCUACAUAUAAGUGAACUUUUUAAAAUAAUCAAAACCGACAUAAAGAAGUAUUUUCGUAUCACGAUUUACCAAUUUUUAGGAUAUAGGAUAUUAAAUGAAAUAGAUCUGCUUAUUAGGAACAUAAAUGAUUUAUACAUAUGCUUUAUUAAAAAAAAAUACCUCUGAACAAUCCAACUGUUAUUUAUAUCAAAUAAAUACAUUACUUAACCAAUUACCAAUUAGAAACAAUCGUUAAUUGAAAUAUUUCACUUUGGUUCAAAAGUAUUUCUAAUAAGUAGCUUCUAAAGUAUUUGAAUUAUUAUAAAUUGAUAACUAAACGUAUUAAAAAUACCCUCACAUAAUAUCAGCAAAAUAAAUUGUAAAUAAUUGUUUUAAAUUCUUUUUUUCUCUUUUUUUCAGAUUUUGUUCUUGAGAGCCAUGGAUAUAUAAAUAUAACUAAUAAACAGCAAUAUUAUGAUUUUACUUUUUAUUUUAUUUCAAUCUAUAUCUGUGUUGUAAAUUAAGUGAAAUAAUUUAAAAUGGCUGCUCAUUGUUUUGAUCCAAAUAAUAAAACCAGGUAUGUUAAAAAUUCAAUAAUAAAAUUAACAAUAAAUCAUAAGACUGAUUAUCUCAGAAACUAAUAACUUUUUUCGGAAUUUGUUUUAAAGAAAAUUUAAGAAACAAGCAGCUCUACAAUUUCACAUUUAUGUAAUUUUUUGUUAUUCUUUUUUUUUGGAGUAAAAUCACUACUUACUUUUGAUUUUCAAAAAGCAACCUAUUUUAAAAAUUCCAUAAAUAAAUAAAAAUACUCUAUCUAAAGUUAAAAUACAUUUUGGUGUAGAAAUUUUUGAUUUCUAUCAAUAUUUUUACUUUUAAGUUUGGGUCGGGAAAGAGUAGUGAAGCAUAAUUUGUGUGGUGUUUCAAUAAUGUAUCAAUAUUCUCCCUGACUCAAACUUGAAGGUGAAAUAUCUUAUCAACGGAUUGACAGAAAUCAAAAAUUUCAUUAGCAAAAUUUAUUUUAACUUUAGAUGGAGUAUUUUCAUUUAUUUAUAGAAUUUUUAAUACAGGUUGCCUUUUGAAAAUUAAAAGUAUAAGAGUGACAAAAAAUAACAUAAAUGUAAAAUUGUAGAGCUGUUUGCUUCUAAAAUCUUCUAUAACACAAAUUACAAAAAAGUUAAUAUUUUCUGAGAUAAUGAGUGUCUUAUGAUAAAUUGAUCAAUCUGUCUAGGAGCAAAUUAUUUUAUUAUUAGUUAUGAUUUUUAAUUUUUUUCUAUACAUUUAUAUCACUUUUUCAGUUGGUAUUUUGGCCAAAUGUCACGUACUGAAGCUUCCGAGUUAUUAAUGGGUGAACGAGAAUGUGGAACAUUUUUAAUUAGGGAUAGCCUCAGUAUUCAAGGAGACUAUGUGUUAUGUGUGAGGUAUGCAGUUUCUUUCAGUUUAUUAAUUAUUAUCUGGAACAUAAUAGUGGAAAGGUCUAUUUUGUAUAUAGUAUUAGUAGAUAUUGUUAAAUUUGUAUAUCCAUUAUGUAUAUCACAUCAUAGGUAUAUUAAAUUUACUUUGUUAUAAUUAAUGUAAUAAAUAAUAUUUAAUGUUACAGAGAGGAUAGUAAAGUUAGUCAUUAUAUUAUCAAUAAAAUACAAGAAAAUAAUGAAACAAAAUAUCGAAUUGGUGAUCAAGUUUUUACUGAUUUACCUGGUUUAUUAGCAUUUUAUAAAUUGCAUUAUCUUGACACUACUCCACUUUUGAAACCUGCUGUGAAACCAAUAGAAAAAGUUGUUGCCAAAUAUGACUUUGUUGGAAAUGUAAGAUUUUAUUUUAAAUAUAAAUUUAAAAAAUUAAUUUUGUUAUAUUAUUAGGAUCAAGAUGAUCUACCUUUUAGAAAAGGAGAUAUUCUGACAGUUCUAGUUAAAGAUGAAGAACAGUGGUGGACAGCUAAGAAUAUAAUGGGCCAAAUGGGUUCUAUUCCAGUUCCUUAUGUUCAAAAGGUUUAUUAUUACAUUAUAUUAAAUACAUCAUACUAAACUUAAAUUGUAUUAUUAAAACAUUUUAAAUGUAUUUUUAGUAUGAUGGAAAUCAAUCAUUACCCAUAAAAGAUAAUAAUCAAAUUCCUGGAUCUAAUAAUGAAUCUACAUUAAGAAGAUCUAGCCUUCAAGUUAGUAAAUUAUAUUAUUGAUAUUAUAGUUGCAUGCUAUAUAUUGUACCCUUAUACAAAUAUUUAAUCAAAGCUGGGCAAGUUCAUGAUUUUUUUCAACUAGGUUAAGUUAAAUUUAAAUUAAGUUAAUUCAAAAACACUAUCAAUCAACCAAGUUAGAAGUUAACCAAAAUGUAUAAUUAACUCAAGUUAUAUUAGUUAAAUUUUUUUUUACAUAUUGUCUAUUACAAACUAUAAUGGCCUAAUAAUCUACCUACAAUCCCAAUGGACAACAGUAAAAAAAAAAAUUGGUUAUUUUUAAUAGAUAAAUUGUACAUAACAAUUUGUUUUUUAAAAUAUUCAUAAUAUUAUAUUGUUAAUACUUAAUAAGAAUAUAUUUAUAUAUAUGAGAAAAUAAAAAUUGAAAUAAACUUGCUUGAAUCUAAAAUUAACUCCAGUUAAUUAAAAGUUAAUUCUUUUGUAUUUCUCAAGUAAACAAUUAAGUUAAUAUUUAAAAAAAACUAAUUUAAAAAGUUAAAUUAACUUAAACUUUAACUUAUUAACUAGUUAAUGCCCAGCUUUGUAUAUUUUUUAUAGCUUUAAUCCUAGUUGAUUAAAGUUUGAUUAAAUAAUACAUACAAACUAAUAAAAUAAUAAAGUAAAAACAAAAUUAUUAUAAUAGUUAAUACCUGUAAAUAAAUAUAUAAAUAUAAAAUGUAUACAUACAAAUAAAAUAAAUAACUGAAUCAAUGAUUUGCCGGGAGUAUUAUGAUAAGAAUUAUAAAUAAUAAUAAUAAACAAAUAAUAUGAUAAGAACAUUAUUUUGAAAAUAAAAAUUCAUUAUCAGGUGUAUCAGUCAAAAUGUAAAAUAUGACUGAAUAUUAAACAAAUUUUACAAAUUGGUAAUUUUACAUAGAAUAUAGAAAUAAUUUAUUAUAAUAGGACAGAUUAUUUAAAAAUAGUUAUUAUUAGACAGAUAUAUUAAGAAAUUAUUUGUUGUCAUCAUUCAUUAUCUAAAAUUUAUUGAUAUAAGAUAUUAUUAUGUCUAACAAAUUUGCUAUAAUUUUGUACACUAAUACAAAUAAUGUAAAAAUAAUAAUUUAAUCAAACAUGUAAACAAUAAUACUAAAAACUUCACAAAAAAUCCCUCUUCUUUUGAAAAUACUGGUAUACAUAAACUUAAAUGUUACUGUAAUAAAUUUUAUGUAGGUAAGACAAAUAGAAAUUUUAAAAUUAGAGACUUAGAAAUAUUAAAUACCCAAAAUAAUAUUUACAUNUUAUAUUUCUUAACAUAUCUAUGUAUAAUAAUAACUAAUUUUAAAUAAUCUCUCCUAUUAAAAUAAAUUAUUUCUAUAUUAUAUGUAAAACAACAAUGUGUAUAAUAUUUUUUCCUAUAAAUUCCUUCAUUUAAUUUUUAUAUUCAUUUGCGGUUUUUGACAUUUUGACUUUGAUAUACUUGAUGAAUUUUUAAUUCAAAACCGUAUAAUACAAUUACCAUAAUUCAUUUAUUUAUUUCAUUAUUAUGUAUACAUUUUAUAUUUAUAUAUUUAUUUACUUUAAAUAAAAAGUAUCAUGUACAGAAAACAUACAUAUUAUAGUAUUAUAAAAGUAAUUGUGCUAGGUUUUUCAAUCUUCUUUUACUUAACCCUGACAAAAAUAUUCUAAUGUAUUAACCAUCAUUUAAAUCUUUUUAGGUAAAAUUUAAAUAUUGUUUAAAUCAUUUUAAUUCAAAUUCUAACUAUAUUAAUUUUCUAACAAUAAUAUUUUUCUUACAUUUUGUAGCAUAUUUCUUUAGUUUUAAAGUGCUCAAUAAAUUGAACACAUCUAUCAAUAGGCAACUGAAUUGUAUUAAAAAAUAUUAAUUUAAAUAGUAUUCUCAGGAUUUAAAUAAUUCUGAGUUAUAAAAUAUCUUAAUUGUUUUUCAAAAAAAUAUACAAAGGAUGGAAUUUGGUUUUUUCCAUAAAUUAAAAAAGGAAAUAAUAUUUAUUUUAUAUUUUUACCCUAUCUUGGAAAUUUAAAACAAUACUAUAUUUGUUUUUUGAUUGCUAUAAUUUUUUAUUGCUUUUGGUGUUUAAGAAUAUGCUACACUAUAUGCUCAAAAUCUAUAUGGUCUGUUGUUUUUCUCUUAAAUACAAUUUUAUAUUUUUUCAAAUACUUAAAUAUACCAAAAAUAAAUGUAAUUGGUAAAUAUAUAUUAAAAACAUUUGUGUUUUGUAAGUGAAUAGCAUAUUGGUUGUAAUGUUAAAAAUAAUUAAUUGAUUUAGUUUAAUGUAUCAUGAUUUAGUAAUAUAUUUAUUAACAAUUCAUUUUAUAUUUUUAAUUUUAAUUAACAUAAAUAAAUAAUUAAAUUUAUGCCACUCAUAAUUUGAUUUAUACAUUAUUUCUUUUUUUUUCAGUUUAAUGAUCCUUGGAGUACCUUAGCUGCUACAAGCAAUUCUAUCCAUCUUUCCUUUAAAUGUUAUCAUCAUUACAUCCACUGUCUGAAUAUCUUUUUCGACAGAAUCUCAAAUUUUAUUAAUGCUCUAACAUUUAAUACAAUGAUUUAUUUUAUUUUUGUUGACAGAAAAAAUUACCAGCUUUAGCUAGAGUUAAACAGGUCCGCGUACCUAAUGCAUAUGACAAGACAGCAUUAAAACUUGAAAUUGGCGAUAUUAUCAAAGUAACAAAAACUAAUAUUAAUGGCCAAUGGGAAGGGGAAUUAAAUGGCAAAACUGGACAUUUUCCAUUUACUCAUGUGGAAUUUGUGGAUUCUGAAAUGAAUGAUUGUAUAAAUGACAGUUAAUUUCAAACAUUUUGAGUUGUAUCUUAGUUAUUUUUUAUUAUUAUUUUUUUUUUAAAAUUAUUUUCAUUAUUGGUAGCUAACUAGAUAUUAAUACAAAUAUAUUUUAUUAUAAUGAUAAUGAUCAAUUGUAUACCCAUUAUAUCAGAGUUUUACCUACUUAAUAACAAUAAAUCAAAAUAAGUAUACAUAUACAUGAUGAUGGGU